AUGGGAAUUUGGAUAUUUAAGGAAAUACGGGGUAUUACACCUGCUGAGUCCAGAUUGCAACUAUCGAAAGACACAUAUAAAGAUAAUGUUGAUCCAACACAAUACAAAAGACUCAUUGAAUCACUUCGAUACCAUUGUCACACAAGGCUUGAUAUAGCAUAUGAUGUAGUUUCCAAGGCACUGUUACUCAACGAGUAUGAUCUUCACGGCUGGAAAACCAAGGUGUGUGCUAAGCGGAAAAACAUUCCCGGAAUGAAGAAAUAUCGUGGGAGAAACACCUACGCAUUGGAGUCCAUGAGGCCAUCUCCAGUGUAUCGUAGACCUGGUUAUGGGCUGACAACUAUACCAGUGAUAUUAAUCCUCUAUGCUGCUAUAUCAAUAUACUAA